GCUGAGCCACCAGAGCCUCUGCCUGUUCCUCUGCCUGCUGUGGGCCGCGCUCCGGACCACCCUCUGCUCCGCCGCCUUCUCGCCCGGCGGCGCCCUGGCCCUGCUGCGGCCGCCCGCCCGCCUGCACUUCUUCCCGCACUGGCUGCUGUACUGCCUGCCCUCCUGCCUGCAGUUCUCCACGCUCUGCCUCCUCAACCUCUACCUGGCGGAGGUCAUAUGUAAAGUCAGAUGUGCCACUGAACUUGACAAACACAAAAUUCUACUGCAUUUGGGAUUUAUAUUGGCAAGCCUUCUCUUUUUAGUUGUGAACUUGACUUGUGCAAUGCUAGUCCAUGGAGAUGUCCCAGAAAAUCAAUUGAAAUGGACUGUGUUUGUUCGAGCAUUAAUUAACGAUAGCCUGUUUAUUCUUUGUGCCAUCUCUUUAGUUAGUUACAUAUGCAAAAUUACAAAAAUGUCAUCAGCAAAUGUCUACCUCGAAUCGAAGGGUAUGUCUCUGUGCCAGACUGUUGUUGUAGGCUCUGUAGUCAUCCUCCUCUACUCUUCAAGAGCUUGUUAUAAUUUGGUGGUAAUCACUGUAUCUCAGGAUACAUUAGAAAGUCCAUUUAAUUAUGGCUGGGAUAACCUUUCAGAUAAGGCUCAUGAAGAAGACAUAAGUGGAGACGAAUAUGUAGUGUUUGGAAUGGUCCUCUUUCUGUGGGAACAUGUGCCAGCAUGGUCAGUGGUACUGUUUUUCCGGGCACAGAGAUUAAACCAGAAUUUGGCACCUGCUGGCAUGAUACAUAGUCACAGUUAUAGUUCCAGAGCUUACUUUUUUGACAAUCCAAGACGAUACGAUAGUGAUGAUGACUUGCCAAGACUGGGAAGCUCAAGAGAAGGAAGUUUGUCCAAUUCCCAGAGUUUGGGCUGGUAUGGCACCAUGGCCGGGUGUGGCGGCAGCAGUUACCCAGUCCCUCCCCACCUGAAUGGACCUAUGGCAGAUACUGCACCUUUGCUCUUUACCUGUAGUAAUUUAGAUAUGAGCACUCAUCAUAGCUUAUAUGUGACACCAUGAAACUGGCAGUUGUGAUUAUUGAAUUGUUUUUCAUGAAUGUGUAUGUUCAAUGUGUUUGAAUUCCGUCUACAUAAACAUUCCAUUAUCUAUGGCAAAUGAAAACAAAAUCUGGAAAUAUGGCUGUGUUUGGUGGAGCACAGCUGUUACUUUUGGCCUCAUACUAAAAUGAAGUAAAAUGAAAGUUCGGAGUAGCAGAAAAGAGAGAUUAGACCUUAAGGCACUUGAUGGGCCUCCAAAUAUCCUGACUUUGGAACAUCAAAUGCAUAUUUGCACUUUUAUCUUUGUUCUUAAGAGUACACUGCAGUCCCCAAAGUCACAUGCCUGUGUUCACACUGGAAUACUGUAUUGUACACCAAACUGGAAGGCAAUUUUCCUAUGAAAAUCAAAGCUUGUCUAUUCAGUGAUGUACUUUAUAUGGAAUUCUUACCCAAUAAAAAUUGUAGUGUGAACAGUGCACAGAGUUAAGGCAUCAAAAUGUAUCAUUCUUUAUUAAAAUCUAUUAAAAAUACUUAAUCAUUGAAGAUAGUUCUUUCAUGCAUGAUUUAAAAAUAUCACUUGACAUUAUCCAAUCAUUUUAAACAAAUGAUAAUAGUAAUGUAUUACAGUGAGGACCAGCAGUGUUCUUUGGAAAGCCACAGUAAUUUCAAGAGGAAAAUAUAUCAGUGAAAACUAUGUGGCUACUUUGAGUAGAAUUGGUCAAGUGAUUAUUUUGUAUAAUUAAAAUAUAUAUUGUAGUUUAAGCAUGAUUUUCAAGAAAGCAAUAGUGACUUUUGCAUAGGGAGAUUUUGGUAGAAACUUCUUGGGACUAAACAAGUUUACAAAUGCAUUUAAGAAUUAUUCAUAAAAUGUACAAUUGUAAGUUAAAACAUGAAUACAUUUUCAAAAGCAUUCAAUUUAUCUGAAGCAAGAUAUAGCUGGUCUUACUUAUUGAAUCAGUAUUGUCCUCAGGUAAAUUAAGUCAUGAUACAUUAUUGCAGUGAACUCAAGUGCAAUACUUUGUAAGACAUAUAAUUUCUCCUAUAGUUUUCACAUUUUUUAUACCUUGUAUAUGGGCAAAACCAAAUUAAAUUGAAUUCAAAUUAUUUCCAGCAUUAGACUAAAUGAGCAAAAUUAAGUAAAUGUAUGAACUAGGUAAGUAUAAAACCAUAGGUUGACAAUAUUGGAAUACUUUCAGAAUUAUAUUAAAACUGUCUUGAAUGUCCUGUCCCAAAUCCUAUAUAUGUAUGUAUGUAUGUAUAUAUAUACAUACAUAUAUAUAUAUUAGUCUAAGAUAAUACAGAGUUUUAAAAUGCACUUUCUACCAGUGUCUACAUGGAAAGAAGUAGAUGCUGAAUACCUCAAGAUGCCAAGGGAACAGGCAACAAUGAGAAGUUGUCACAACGUGCUUAAGACGAUUAACUGUAUACAGUUGUCUGCUGAUUUGUUUCUUCAGAACUGGAACUAAUACAACUGUCCUUUCCUGUCUUCUACUUUGAUCAGAAAGUGGUUUUAUUUCUACUCUUAUUAAAAUAUAUUUCAACUUUUUGACAGCUGAUGCUGUAACUUCACAAAAGUGUAACAUUUGGUGAAACCCUAAGGGGGAAAAAUGUCAAUGCUUUUUAUCUUCUGGGAGGCUGGUAUACAGCCAAAUAAAUUUCUUUUUUUAAUACAAAAUGACUUUAAAUUCAAUCAGAAGCCUAGACUUACAGUUGUAAAUGUUACUUUGAGUUUGUUCGUAAACUCUUUCAUUGUAACCAAAUUAUUUAAAAGUGUGUAGUAUGGAAGUUAUCCUCGUUAUUAACAUGACACCAUAGCAUUGUAUUUUCGUUAUGGCUUCAGCUACUAGAUUUCUUUUCAGAAUGCCAACUAUUUAUUUUGCUAAUAAUGUUAGCUAUCUAAUUAUUUAAAGCUGUCUGAAAAGAUCUGUACUGUCUUUGUUAAUCCUUGGGGUGCAAGGUGAUAAAGUUUUUCUAAUAAGGCUUCCAUAGAUAAUGUUCCUAUUUGACCAGAUAAACAAAAAUUACUUUUAAACAUGUUUCAGAUAAAAAUAACUUGGUUCUUUCAGCUGCAUUAGUUGAUUGGUCCAAAUCUGAGAUUUGUAAGUUUAUUCUUACCACUGACUAGGGUACCUAAAUUCUUGCAUUUGUCUCCUUAUACACCUCUCAUCCAAUACAUCACCAAAGACAAAGAAAGAUAAACUCUGGCCCAAUUUUUUUUUUUUUUGCUUAAAAAUUCCAAAGCACUAGGAGCACUUUAAGUUUGGUCUUGAAAGAAGGAGCUGUUUAUAAAAUCAAAGGGCUACCGAUUCCCUGUUCAUUUGCACUGAAGCACAUGAUGACAAUUUCAAGCCUUCUUUUUGUUCAUUAAUUAGAAAAGUGAAUUUCAUUACAUAAGUGUAUAAUUCUACAGAGAUUAGCACUAUUUGUUUUUAUCAUUUCACUUGGGUGGCCAUUAAUUUUGAAGCUGUUACCAUUCACUGUAGCUGGUUGUAGUUUUAUGGAAGACGUAAUUUAUAGCUAAAGUGGCUUUUUUAUGCAUAGCUGCCUUUUAAAAUCAUUUAACAGUGUUUCUCAGCUAUAUAAUCAGUUUCAAACUGGUUGUAAAAGUAUAGCUGUGGCCAAUGAAUGUAUUUACUUGUUUCACUAGAUUGUAACAAAGCACUACUGUUAAAAAUAAAAGUGUUUGUGCUUUUA